AUGGAGUCAAAGCUGAAGGCUCUGCAGGUCAGUCAAACCAUAAAGGCUUCCAGGACUCACAAUGAGCUUCACAAGGAACUGCUACUGGCCCACAAGAGGGGUCUGGCGCUGAGCAGCAGGUCAGAACUUCAGCAGGCGCUGGAGAGGAGGAAGAGGGUGCAGAGUGUCCGGGAAGAGGAGGGACAGAGCAGGACUCCUCUGGAGGAUGUGCUGCUCAGACGUCAGCAGAAACAACUUGAGAUGGAAAAGGAGGAAGAGGAGAAGAUAGGAGAGGAGGCCCAGUUGAUGGAGUUUGUUAGAGUCCGACAGAACCUAAGAAAGAUCCACUCAGCGAUCCAGAACAAGGCUGCAAACGCCAAUGCUACAGAGGAAUGCCCCCAAAAUGUCAAAUGAACUUUGGUCUAGUUGUGUAUUUUGAGUUUAUUGCCCGUCACCUGCAAAAACAACAACAAGGUGCAAGCUGAAAGACAAUUCGUAUGAAUGGAUUUAAUAAUGAUAGAUAAGAUACAGACUUAUGGAACAGUAUUCUUUUAUAGCUAUGUAAAGAAAUGUCUUCUACCACUGUGUGUAAGUCAAAUAUUUGUAAGUAUUUUUGUUUGACAUAGUUGUUAUUUAUCAACAGUAUGUUGUAGAA